AUGGCGCAGAGGAAGAUGAUUGUGUUUCCGACCAAGAAUGAAUUGUCAGAAGCAAUGGCUGCGUACACUGCCAAGCUCUCCGCAAAGUUUAUCAAGGAGAAAGCUGAUGGUAAUGCCGAGCACUGCGCAGCGCUCUACGAGGAUUGUCUGAAGAAUCUGGUGAAGGAAAAGAUCAUCCUAAUAUCCAAAAAGACAGGGUACCCUGAGUUCGAUCUACAACUUCUAGAGAUGGGUCCUGAUGGUCACAUGGCGUCUCUCUUCCCGAACUAUCCUCAGAUCAAUGAGAAGCAGAAAUGGGUCACUCACAUUACCGACUCUCCAAAACCACCACCAAAGAGAAUCACAUUCACUUUACCUGUCAUUAACUCUGCUUUGUACAAUCUUAUGGCCAUUUGUGACAAACCACAGGCCAAAUCCGUGGCUGAGAUUAUGAAGCAUAACAACGUCUCCUUACCUUCUGCUCAUCUUAGUGCACAAGUCGAAAAUGUUUGGUACCUUGACCAAGCAGCUGCCUCCGAGCUCUAG